AUGCUCGCUCCUCGCGAUGCAGCUCCUCGCUCUCCGCCACCCAGAUACUCAGACCACCAGUUUGGGAAUGAUGCCGCCAGCAAUGAUGGUGAUGGUGGGCGGUCGCUGGGACAGGCACCAGCAGCUGCACCCGCAGAGUCGGGAGGCUGUGGUUUGCUUUUCGGAUAUGAUACUGGUGUUAUUUCAUCCACUCUGGUUUCGAUUCGAACGGACCUUUCAGGCCACCAUCUCACCACCCUCGACAAGAGUCUGAUCACAUCCUGCACCAGUCUAUUCGCCCUAAUAGCAAGCCCAUUCGCGGGUAUUUUGGGGGAUAAACUUGGCCGUAGACCCAUCAUACUCAUCGCGGAUGCCUUGUUCAUCGUCGGAGCGUUGUGGCAGGCCGCAUCCUCGACCGUCUGGAGCAUGAUAUUAGGCCGGAGCCUUGAACUAUCACCACCUGAUAUCCGCGGGAGAUUGGUAACCAUCCUAAGCCUCUUCGUCACUGGUGGCCAGGUAGUCGCCUACACCAUCGGCUGGCUCUUCUCAACCACCCACGCGGGAUGGCGGUGGAUGGUCGGCCUCGGAGCCCUCCCUGGAAUAAUCCAGCUUUCCAUCCUGCUCUUACUCCCCGAAACCCCGCGCUGGCUUGUCCGUGCGGAGAGACAACCCGAAGCCCGUCGAGUCAUCCACAAAAUAUACGGUGCCUCUAGCCCCCGAAUGCCGGAACAACUCGUCCGGGACAUCGAGCGCGAGCUCGUCGCGGAGGAGAAUGCCGUGGACGAGCUCCUCAAACCCAUUGAUCAAGAAACAUCCGACCACCACUGGUUCCGUCUCCCCCGUGGCUGGGCCGCUCUAUUUCAAAUCGACGGCAACCGCCGCGCCUUGGCCAUCGCCUGCAUGCUCCAAGCGCUCCAGCAACUCUGCGGCUUCAACUCACUCAUGUAUUUCAGCGCAACCAUCUUCUCACUCCUAGCAUUCUCCUCGCCGACCCUAACCUCCCUCUCCGUCGCCGUGACAAACUUCCUCUUCACCCUCCUCGCCUUCUCGCUCAUCGACCGCAUCGGCCGCCGCCGCAUCCUCCUCUCCUCUGUACCCAUCAUGACCGCAGCCUUGCUCCUCUGCGCCGUCGCCUUCUCAGUCUUCGAUCCCCCAACAAACGGCGACGACCCGUCACCGCCGCCACAGGAACCGGGCGGAGGAUCAGCUUCGGCGCUCGCCCCUCUCGCGCCUCUCCUUAUCCUCACUUCCCUCACAAUCUACACCGCUGCCUACGCCUCCGGCAUCGGCACGAUACCCUGGCAGCAAUCCGAGCUAUUUCCUUUAGGAGUGCGCUCGCUCGGCUCAGCGCUUGCCACGGGGACGAACUGGGGGUCUAAUUUUGUUGUCGGGCUCUCGUUCCUGCCGAUGAUGGAUUGGAUAUCUCCAGUGUGGACGUUUGUGAUGUAUGCGGUUAUUUGCGGGGCCGGGUGGGGGUUGACUUGGGCGAUAUAUCCGGAGAUGAGUGGACUGGGGUUGGAAGAGGUCAGGGGGUUGCUUGUGGCUGGAUGGGGCGUUAGGGAGAGUGUAGAGGGAUUUAAGAGGAGGAGGGGGGAGGGUCUGUAG